GGUGGUAACUAGGCAACGAGACGCUUAUGUUUUAUGGCGUUACAGCUAUAGUAGUUCAGACUAAACAGACGGGUUCUUUAAGCAUUCAACCUUAUAAACUGGAAAUAGCGAAACUGUAACAAAGCGGAUAUCGUGUUGAUUUGUUUUGGUUCCUUUAACUUCGCACUGUGUUGUCUUUAACAGCCCAACUUUACUCUUUGGCUAAUUUUGCCGAAAGCUAACCAAGCUAGCUUCUCAGCUCUCAACUUGACCGAACAGGAAGAGGAAGCCCUAUGAAGGCAUUUUAAAAAAGUGGGAUUCAUCGUCUUAUGGUUAGACAUCAUGUCAGAUUCUGAAGCAACAUCUGAAAAAGCUGAAAAGCAGCAAGUACAGGACAUCAGAGCAGCAGAUGAGGAUGAGGAGAAGCAGAGGAAGAGGAGUGAUGAAGAUCAUGGUGCAGAGGCCAGGAUAACUGGACAGUCUCAAUUCUACACUGCAUCCAGAGACACACUUCUCCCAAUGAAGAAAGCACACACCAGAACAUAUGCGUUGUCACUAGAAUGGGUCUUGGGGAUGAAUCCUGCUCUUCCCGUCUUCACUCUGCAAGACCACGAUCAGCUGGUGGUUCUCUAUGCUGCAGCUAAUGUUGGGAUCAUUUACAACCACACCUCCAACUCCCAAGACAUACUUCAGGGUCACUCCAACCCCAUCUCUUGUAUGUGUGUGAGUGAAGACAGACGCUGGGUUGCCACAGCAGACCGGGGGUCGAAAAGCGUGGUGAUUAUAUGGGACUCCUACUCUGGCAUUCCUGUGCAUAAACUAUUGGAUUGCCAGUCUGAUGAGGGUGUCAUUGCGAUGGCAUUUUCAAGAGACAUGAAACAUCUGGUAACUGUUGGGGCGGAAGAAGCUCAAUGUGUGUGUAUUUGGGAUUGGACCAAUGAAACACAAAAGCCUCUGUGGUUUACUGAACUCAAUCCUGAACAUGGUUUUCAAAAUUUCAUCAUCUUUAAUCCAAACAAUAACACUCAGCUGGUCAGCAGCAGUGAAAGUCAUGUGUUAUUCUACAGUAAGACCCUUAGAGGUCUGCGGUACUUUGCCCUGAAGCUCAAGCCGUUCAGUGAUGAUGCCACCCGUGCAAUCAGUGCGACUAAAUUUACUCAGCCUGUUCCUGGUCCUUCUGGAACUGUCACUAUAUCUGAUGCAUCGCUCGGUCAGUCUGUGUUUCACUGGAGGAAGCCUCGGGUCCUGACAGCCAUUGCAGGCAGCAUCAUGGUGUGGGAUGUGAUGGAAGAGCUAGUUAUAAACCAGUGCCUUUCCAGAAACAGAAUCAAGCUCAUCCACCUCCAGCAAUACCCCAUCACUGUUCUCACCACAACUGACAGCUGUAUUGUAACUGCUGAUACUCAAGGCCAGAUCUUUUUCUAUGAUGAGGAAUUCAAGCUUCUUGUAUUAUACAGUAAAUUCAACCUGGACACUAUUGUCGCCAUUUCCUUUUCCAAAGAGUGUACAGAGGGAUAUCUUGAGGACUGCACUCUGGAGGCCAAACCAUUAAUAAUCAGGAACUUUGUUGUGUCCACAGUCAGUUGCACAGUGAUGCAUGUGAACAAACAAAGCCGCAUCCCUCAAAUCCUGCUGCAUGACAACUCGGAGCCUCUACAUACGGUGGCAUGCCACCCUAGUCACCCAGCUGUGGUCAUGGGCACUCAAGGAGGCACUUUAAAAGUGUGGGACUAUAACAGCAAAGUGUUCACUAGCAACAGAGUCUUUGAGACAGAGACACAGAUUCAGUGUGUCGCUUUUGACCCUAAAGGAUUAUACUUGGCAGUUGGCUUGGGCAGUGGAGCAGUACACAUACUGAAUCCCAGCACUUUAAAAAGUGACCCCGAAGAAUGUUUCCGUUACACUGACGACAGCAUCAAUCUCAUUACCUUCUCCUUAGACUCAAAGUAUCUCGCCACUGCGGAUGCUGGAAAAGCAGUGACAGUGUUCCGUCUGCAGACUAAUGAAGCCUCUACACCUCGCUGGAUGUAUUUGGGCAGAUAUCGUUCUCACUACAAGCCCAUCAAAGACCUUCUUUUUGGGGUUCACCUGGACAGCACGCAACCCAGGCUCCUCUCUCUGGGAAUGGACCGCCGACUGGUGGAGUAUGACCUGGAAAACAGCACCGUAAACCAGCUCAUCAUCUUGAGCUCGGAGUGCAUUGAGCAAAGUGCUGUGCCGAUGUGCAUGACUUGGUAUCCUCCCCUCACGACCGAGCAGUUUCUUCUCACUGCCUCAGACCAAUACAAGAUGAAGCUUUUCAACAGUACAACCAAGAUGUGCAGAAGGACUCUCCUCGGCCCAACAUACGGUUCUCCCAUUAAGCAAAUAAUGGUUCUUCCCAAAUCUAAAGAAGCUGAGGCAAAGUCAUAUUACCUGGCAUUCAUCACAGAGGACAAGGUGGGUCUCCAAAUUUUACCUCUGGAUGGGAACCCCUACAAGUCGAAUGCUUUGCUCUGCCAUCCGACAGGGGCGUCUGCUUUUGCCUGCUCCUACGACGGCCAAUUUCUUUUUACUGCAGGAGGAUCUGACUGCACUGUGCUCUCGUGGGAAAUAAACCUAAAUGUGAUGGAGGCAGCAGCUGCCUUGGGUGGAAAGGACCUUGCACCCUUUUACACUCUUUUGGAGGGAGGGAAAGAUGGCAAGUUCUACAGGGAGAUGGAGGACUUUUUCUACUACUGCCAAGUCCGUCAUCAAGGCCUUGAUUCAAUGGAUAAAAGACAGGUGUCUACCAGAAUUCCCUUGCCAGAGGUUCCCUCUCUGAUGAGAGCGUUGGCCUACUUCCCUACUGAACGAGAGAUAGAAGACAUGCAAAAUGAGGUCAAGUUCAGCAAGUAUGCCGAAACAGGAAAAUAUGUAACCGACAUCGACCUGGAGGAGUUUAUCAAGCUGUAUGUCAACCACCGGCCAGCAUGCAGCACUUCGAGCAAUGAGCUUGUUCAAGCUUUUCGCAUCGUUGGUAACUGUGACAGUACGGGGCAGCCUGUUCUACAGAGACAUGAGCUAUUAGAACUGCUACAGCUUCGAGGAGAACACAUGACUGAGGAAGAGGUGGCAGAGUGUUUUGCUACAGUUUUAGGCCUCAAUGAAGAGAAGGAAGAAGAAGGAGCAGAAUGUUCUGAGCAGGACACAUCUGACAGUGGAGAAUAUUUACUGGAGGGUGAAAUUCCAAAUGAGAUCUCUGUGGAGACAUUUACAAGUUACAUCCUGGGCUUCCUGUCCUCAGCGGAGCAGAGUGGCAGUUCUCCCACUCCAAAGUGACGAAAGCAACAACCUGUCUGCUGGAAGAAGCUGUGUCGAUGGCAAGAUUUUAAGUCUUGGCGACUCUUUUUAGGGUUUCUUUCUACAGCAUACAUAAAACAUGGUGUAUAAAUAUUAAUAUGAUUUUUCUAUAUAUAAACCACAAACCUGGUUGGAAUCAAAUAAACUUUGGUGUAUGUGAUGGCAA